UGAGAAUUAUGUUUAAAUCAGUGAGAAAUAAUUUCAUGAAUUUGUUUUGUCAAUUGCAAUCGUCUUCUCAGUUUAUUUUAAUCUGUUUAUCAGCUUCAUAUAAAAAGCAUGCAACGACAGAUAGCAUGUGUUUAUGUAUGUGCACGCAUGUGGAUGUGGGUGCACAUCUAUUAGUAUAUAAUACAUAUAUAUAAAAAAAACUUUUGAAAUGUCAAGAGUAACGCGCGCGAAUAGCCGGUUAUUGAAAAAUUUAUGCAUUUACAAUAAAAGUACAAGUAAGUAUAAGCUCAAAUAGCAAACGCGAUUGUGUAAUAAAGCAUAGCAUGCUAUAAAGCUUACAUCUUCAUAGAUAAUUUAAAUAUUGUACGAUAACUAUAAGCAAAUGUUAUCAUAACCUUAUAAUUAAUUUUCAAAAUUUAAAUUUUCAGUAACGGAGGCAUUAUAUUAAUUCAGGAUAGUUAUACACAUUGUCCGUUUAAAUAUUUCUGACAAUUAUGCGCUACUUAAUAACAUUGUUAUUGUUAUUUGUUUGCGCGAAAGCAAGAAAUCACUUUGAUGUAGAUCCACUGAAAACAAUUGUCUGGGGUCCAGGAUUGAGACCAGCAGCAAUUACAAUGCGUGCCAGAUAUUUCUUUCUACAACUUGUAGAUUUAGAUGGAAGAAAUCUGACAAAAUCUCCUGGUGAAAAUAUAGUUACUGGGCAAGUAUAUGGACAUUCCUUUAAUAAUGUACCAUGCCGCAUAUGGACUCAAAUUUUUGACUGUAAAGAUGGAAGUUUUAUUGUACGCUAUAAAGUUUUUAAUACUUGUUCUAACAUUAAUAUUAAAGUAAAGAUUAAGGGAAAAGAAUUAUCAUUGCCUCAUUCAGAAAUCAAAGGUCCUGUUUAUGAGGAGGAAUGUUACUGUCCAAAUCCAUCUAUCAUUAAUUGGCUAUAUCAUUAUCAAUGCAGACAAAAUUACACUCAAAUACAUGAUGAUCUUUCUCCAUUUUUGAAUAUUGAUUUUGAUCAAAUACGCCAAAGCAUUAUCAAGAGAUAUGAUCAACCAACCAGUGUUAGCAUUUGUCAUUAUGUAUUGAAAUCUAACAGAAUUUAUAGGCAUUGUUAUGGUCAAUACGUUGGCUUUAAAAUAUUUAUGGAUGCCAUAUUGUUGUCGCUCGUACGUAAAGUGGUACUGCCAGACAUUGAAUUUUUUGUAAAUUUGGGUGAUUGGCCACUCGUCCCUGAUACGGGCCCGCUUUAUCCUAUCUUUUCAUGGUGUGGUUCUGGCAAUACUAAAGAUAUUGUUAUGCCUACAUAUGAUAUCACAGAAUCAUCCAUGGAAGCAAUGGGAAGGGUAAUGUUAGAUACACUCUCCGUACAAGGUAACACUGGAUUGUCAUGGGAAAAUAAGACUGAACAAUUAUUUUGGCGUGGACGUGAUUCCAGAAGGGAACGGCUAGAUUUAAUAGAUAUUUCAAGAAAGCAUCCAGAGCUCUUCAAUGUCUCUAUUACUAAUUUCUUCUUCUUUAGGGAUGAAAUGGAUAAAUAUGGGCCUACACAAAACCAUGUAUCAUUUUUUAAUUUUUUUAAGUACAAAUAUCAACUGAAUAUUGAUGGCACAGUAGCAGCAUAUCGAUUCCCAUAUUUACUUGCUGGAGAUUCUUUGGUAUUUAAGCAAGAAUCCAAUUAUUAUGAAUUUUUUUAUAAAGAUCUUAUACCUGGAUUACAUUAUGUACCUGUAAAAAGUGAUCUCUCGGAUCUUGUCGAAAAAAUUAUGUGGGCAAAGGGACAUGACGAGGAUGGAUUGAAGAUUGUUAAAUCUGCCAGACAAUUUGCAAGGGACAAUUUAUUACCACGUGAUAUAUUAUGUUAUUAUACAGUUUUAUUUCAUGAAUGGAGUAAACGCUUAAAGAGUAAAGUUGAAAUACUAGAUAAUAUGGAAGAAGUACCACAACCUAGUCAUUCUUGUCAGUGUCAUUUUAGCAAUUUAAACUUUAGAGAUGAGUUGUAGAAUUUAACAUUUUAUUAUUAAUUUAUACAAUGGAAAUCCACAUUGUCAUAUGAGUAUCAUGUAUGCACAUCUGUUUAGUAAGAUUUUAUAUCUAUCAUUAAUUGUAUGCGUGUGUAUAUGUUAAAAAUAAAAAGAAAUAUGGAUAUCACA